CAUGUAGCUUCGCCAUUCUGCUGCCGAGUCCCACUUGCCUUUCAAUCCGCACAAUCAGCCCCAGACCACAUCUCAUCUGCCCGGUACAACAGGUCUUUAAACCAUCCAAUUGCGACCUACCUUCUUCAUCCAAUAGACUUCGUUGUUAUUUUCACCUAUUUCUCUUCUUCCUCGCCCGCUCAGGCAAUCAGCUUUGGCGUGAACGGUGACGCCCCCUCCACCACCUCCGCCACCACUGCUUUCGUGCCUGUACCUUCCACCUGGAAUCAACUAGCUAACGGCUACCAUCCCACAGCCACGGGCUAUUCAGCAAUCGCUUUACCGACUGGCAUCUGCCAUUCAUCUCAGACCGGCGAGGAGCGAUUUACGCCGUUGCCGCCGCCGUUGCCGCCUCCGUUGCCACCACCACCACCGCCACCACCGCCUCCAUCUACUGUUCCAGUCACCCUCCAAUUGCCUGUUGGCUUGUCCCUCUUACCGCCGAGUAGCCAAGCAACUUUCAUCUCCGGUAUGUCUACCUCCACGUCGCCGCUAGUCCCUGCCGGGUGUGGUGCUGGAACCACCGGGCCUGUUGGCCCCAGCAACUCAUCCAGCAGCAGUGGAGGCUACUCUAGCGCCAGUCUCACGCCAUCCUCUUCUUCCUCG